CAUCAAAGGGCUUCCCUCUCUAAGCUUGGGGAAAUGGAUCUCACCUGUGUGGCAGGAGUGCUGAGGUGGUGGGUGUGUGGAAUGUGGUGAGUUUUAGUAGUUCAGUGCUCCUAUACGUGACCUGGGAUCAUUUUAGGGGACAUUCUAUUUGCAGAAAUCCUCAGAGGAGGACCUGAGUAAAACCUUGUAAGAAGGACAGCUGCUGUGGGCUUCAGUGCUGGUAACCCAUCUGGAGCCUCCAGUCCUGGGUAUGGAUCCCUUACCUGCUACUCUGGCACAACGACUUGCUCCAUUUAACCUUUCUUUUUCCAAAUGCUUCUGCCCCCACAAGCGUUUUUAUCUACGGGCUGCAGAGUCUGAUGAAAGGAAUACCCUUGCUCUUUUAGUUUGCAGGCAGUCCUCAAAAUGCAGGCCUAAGGUAGGCCCAAAAGUCUAUGCCAGUUCCAGCUAGCAAAAAAGCAAAUACACUUUGACCUUUUGUUGAAAUUUUACCUGGUAAAGUUUUUCCAUUUCAGAGUCUUUCAUCUUUUAUUAGGCACCUCCUGCUUAGGGACAGCAAAAAGUUUCCAAUUACUGCCAACUCCUAGUGAUCAACCUGGAAUGUGUUUCAAACAGCUGCUCAUGUAGCUAUACCCUCUUUCUCCCAUUUCAUCCUAAGCAUUUGCCUCAGAAGCAUAAAAUCUCUGAGAGUUGUAUCCAGAGUUACCAAGCUCUCAGCUAUCAAAUCUGCUUCAGUCUCAUUUUCUUCUUGUAAAUUAGUCAUUUGAACCUCCAAACUGACAGAAUAGGAGACUAAAGCCCAAAGAGGGGAAGGGCUGGCCUAUGGGCAGUUGCACUCUGUAGACCCCAGGCUACUGCUUACCAGCCAAGCAUUCUACCUUCUUAUGGCUGAAACUGUUAAAGCCUACUUAGGCCUUUCUAUUGGAUGAAGGAGCAUGUAGUUACGUGUAUAUUCACUGAGCAAAAUACUUGAUUGUAGAAUCCAUGAAAAUUUUUUUUUUUAAUUUCAAGAAGAGGCCUUCGCAGUCUCUCAAGUAUGGGAUGGCUGUGGACAAAAACUGUCAAUUCAGCUAAGUGCUGCCUGGAUGUUGCUUUGAGUUUGAUUUUUGCUCCAUACUUAAACAACUAGCAUUCACAUAGACAUAUGUUAAAAUACUUUCCCCUUCCCCAACAGUGGUUGCUUCCACAGACAGUGACUAAUGGUUUUUUCUUUUGGGGAGAGGGUGGCAUACAACAUAGAGGCUUGAACUAAAGGCCUCUGCAAUGUUGUCACACACUCACGAGGAUGAAUGGUGCUUUCCCCCUACACACAGAGCGGCAAGGGCUUCAAGCUCUUUCUUUCCUUGUGUUAUUAGCUUUACAAAUUAACACCAUGCUAGUUUGAUCCUGCUAGAAGUACAGGAAGGCAGAAAUGGAGGAUUAGGAGAAUUACUCAUCUUUUGGAUGAACAGUUUCCAAAUCCCAUUUGGCACAUCACUCUAGACUGGUAAAGUGGAGGCUGACACUGAGGCCACAGACCCAACUGGCUCUAGGACAUCACGUUGUUCAGUCCUUUGCUUAUCUAAUCACAUUUGUGUUCUUACCCAAUGCUCACUAGGUCACCCACAUAGCCACUUCCCCUCCCAGCAAAAGUUCCCAGUUAGGCCCCUGUCUGGGAUCAUCCAGUAUCCAAGCUCAGGGGUGAAGGGAGCAGAGAACUAGUCUCAACUGGUUAGUUGGUAUAUAGGUCUCUUCUCAGUGUUCCUGAAGUGCAUGCAGUGACAUCCCCCUCAAGGACUGGCUCCAUGAUUCUGAGAGGACUAGAAUCAGGACAGUCAGAUCUGUGGUCACAUCCUGCCCAAUUCCAGCUCUAAGGUCCAUCAAACCAUCUGCUUCUCCCUUGGCAAGAAGCUCCCUCUAUCUGACUGGCAGCAGGGUCAGUGGCCAUCCUUUUCUACCUUCAGCUGUUGUGCAUCUCCUCCACGUUUUCCUGGGGUAAAGGAACAAGCAGGUUCUUAUCCAAAUACCCAACCUGUGAAGAUGAGACGGCCCUUGGGAAGAGGUAUUAGCCAAGUUUUCAGUGUGAUGCCUGGCAGAAAGAAUUUGCUGUAUUUGUCUUAAGCUUAUUAUCCUCCCAGGUCAUAGGAAGAUCUAAAGUCCAAUGAAUCUCCUUACUCGGAAUUCACACCUUUCCCUUCAAACUUAAAAUGCCCAUGUCAUUUCACGAGUACCCAUAACUACCCAUGGUUUAGAUACAUGUCCCCCCCUUGGUCUAGAAAUCUGCAGCAGUUCCUACUUAAACUGAUGGAUGCUUUGGGCUUUGGAGGUAUCUCAUCCCUAUGCCUGCUGCCCUGAAGCUGCCGGAAGGAAAGGCCCCACUCAGCUACUGGGAAGAAAGCUCAUAAUUCAAGGCUUUUAAUACAGUCACUGCACAAGCUCUCCCUCUGAUUUAGGAGAUCUUGUUACCUCCUCAUCUACAUGUGCUUAAAGACAAAAAGAAACUUAUAAUUAUUCAAUUCACAUGUGGUCCAAAUAAGUCUCACAUCCAGCCAUUCCCGAGAGGGCAGGAGGCCAGACUUUGAACUUUCCACAGCUGGGUCUUCAUUUUACUAGUGAGAUAAAGAGAUGCAGAUUAGGGUGACAGUCCAUCUAAGCAAGUGGAUGAUCUGGGGAACUGUAGACCUUGCUGAAGCAUCCUCCCACAGAAAGGAGAUAAGGGCCUUAUCCAAUUGCCUGUACACAAUAGAUCAGUGCUUCUUUCCUAGACAAGGCUGAAAGGGGCCAACAUUAUUUCUGAAGACUUCAUUAUUGGAAUUCUAUGGGAGUGAUCUCACUGAGCUAUUUUGGAAUAGAAAUGUGGCUAGUUGCCUGACCUCCCUCAAUGGUUUCACGUGGCUUUCAAAGGGAAGGAAGGACAGUGCUGACUUUUGGUAAAAUGGGCGAAAGGGUCCAUGCCAGCAACACAAUCACUCAAAGUCCAGAUGAGGGAUCAGUAAAUACAACGUGCCUGAAAGGCGGCCCUUGAGCACAUUCCUCCGGUAGACAUUAACUUAUUAAAUUGAUUCUGAUUACAAAUAUAAACUUUGCCCCUAUCUCACCCGGUAACAAUGCAAGAGUUGAUGUCAGUCUAUAAAAGGAAGUAGGAACUGUCCCUGGCUUUCAGGCUCCAACAUCCUCCCUCUGUCAAGAUGUGGCACCUCAAACUUUGUGCAGUCCUCAUGAUCUUCCUGUUGCUGUUGGGCCAGAUAGAUGGCUCCCCAAUACCAGAAGUGAGUUCAGCAAAGAGAAGGCCACGGAGAAUGACCCCAUUUUGGAGAGGGGUUUCCCUCAGGCCUAUUGGAGCCUCCUGCCGGGAUGAUUCUGAGUGUAUCACAAGGCUAUGCAGAAAAAGACGCUGUUCCUUAAGUGUGGCCCAGGAAUGAUGUACAUACCAGGGGAAGAAAGGACAGCAGUCACCUCUGACAAUGCUCCGUUCUAUGGAAUAUUGAUUAACUGCAUUUUGGCUGGAGACACCCAAGUGAAGCAAUCUUGUAUUUUUAAUAUUUAAAGGCAGAUGUAUGCUUUAAAUUGGUCUCCGUUUCUUCUUAGAAUGUUGAUAUAUGGAUAAGCAUAACUAAACUUGUCAAUUUAGAGUUUAUUUUUCUAUGGAUACUAUUAAAUGUCUCAAAUUGAAAUUUUAGCAGUCUGGAAUUCAAGCUUUUGAGGGAAAGAAGGAUUCACUUUGUAUACUAAAGAAAAAAACAGCAUUGCCCAGUAAUGUGUUAACUUCUCAAUCUGGAAAGUGUGGUGAGAGCUACAUAAUCAACAGCUACGUAAUCAACUUCAGCAAGUUCCUAAGCUGUGGCCCUGGAUCCCUUCACUCCGUAACUCUUCAGGGAGGUGUCAAAGGUGGUCAAGCCUGGGAGGCUGAGGCAGGAGAAUCACUUGAACCUGGGAGGCAGAGGUUGCAGUGAGCCAAGAUCAUGCCACUGCACCCCAGCCUGGGUGACAGAGACAGACUCUGUCUCAAAAAAAAAAAAAAAAAAAAAAAAGAUGGUCAAGCACUUGCCAUCUAAUGAAGCACCCAGGUUUGUCUAUGACUGUCUGAACAUAAUGCAGAACAGAAAGAAAAAUCUAGUUUAAUAAAGCAAUAAAAGCCCAAGCCACCAAAAGCAUCAAAAGAGAUUUAAGAUUUCUGUUGGGACAAGGUGAAUUUUGACAUAUGCACAAGGACCCAUGGCCAGCAAGUUCAGAAUUUCUGUAAUCAGAAAAUGAGACCUCAGCUGGCGGGAACAGACUUUUAAAGAGUAGUAAUGGACCUUAAGACACAAAACAGGAAUUGCAUGAAAAGGGCUCAGAGUUAAAGAAAUAUAAAGAGUACAGUGUUCAUUAACUUUAAUACAGAAAAUCUAUUUGAUAUUUAUUAAACUUAGUUUCUCCAGCUAUGGUUUGGCAUUGUACAAAGCAUCUUAAUGACACAGUAGAGUUAAAAAGAUCUUUACAAAUUGAAAUGUGAUACCCUUGUCUCCAAAUAUUUUAAUUGCCAUAAAUUUGUUUAAAAAUACACAUUAAACGCAUGUUUGACACUCUAAACUUUCUAUACUCUCAAUACCACAAAAUACAUAUAAUAUACUAUACAGAUGUGGAAAAAUCUAGUUAGUAUAUAAUACUUUGCUCACCAUUAACAGCUUUAUCACGUGAAAUGCACAUACUGACUUAGAAAUCCUAGCUUUUGAGCCCCAAAGUACCUCUGAAAUUGUAAUGUAUUGCAACAAAUAAAAAUCACAGUAUAUAAUUGAAAUUCUGGUUGAAAAUGUAAGAUGCCUAAAUAUUUUGGAUAAAAGAAAUGUAAAACAAAGAUUUGGUUCAUGUACAAAACAAGGCAUCCUAUCAGUCACUAACAGUACCUUUCUGCAAAAUCAACAGGCUUUUAAUUUAUCAGUGACAUUAUCUCCCCUCCAAAACCCUCCCCAAAUAUCAAACAAUUAUUUACCAAAUAAUUUUAAUUUCAAAUAAAAGGAUUUUCAAUAAAUAUAUAAGCAUUUCCAUCCUCCAUAUACAAAAUUUCUUAAAACCAUUCAAAACGGAGGCUAGAUAGAAAUUUUCGUAACUGUGCUUACCAACCCCACAACUGGCCCUUAAAGGUGGUGCCUUUUCAGGCAAUGUCAACUGGCCAGUUCUGUUGGUGAGCCCCCCACCCCCACCCCACCCAUCCCAGUACUGUUGAAUGCUCAUGUUAAUGAUUUGCCAGGUGUGUGCAUAAAGUUGUAAAAUGGGGACACUUCUGGAACGCCAACAACAAACUCAACAAUAUGGAUGAUCAUGGCAUUGAUUUGAAAGGCAGCAUUUCCAAAUUGAUAUUUUCCAGAGAGGAACAUAGCAGGUAGAAAAUUCCAAUGGUUAAAAGCUGAAAAGAAGUCCCACAUGGAAGCAGUAAGAGGUCAAAACUGAGUAUCACUAGAAUUUCUGGGUGGGAGCUUUUUUUAUUUUUAAGAAUGGCAAGUUAUGUUUAGCUGAGUAACAGCGGCAAGGAGAGGUCAAUGCUGACAUUCCUGAAAGUCAACUUCUUUACAUGAUGACUACUUAGGCUGCUAUUUUAGGAUACUUAAAGAUCUCUAAGACUUGGAUUAGACUUAACUUGAAUACCUUAUUCUGUGACCAAAUUACAUGAAAAGAAGAUACAUAGUUAUUCUUUCCAUUCCCUUUUCUGGAGACAGCAAGUUCUUUCUAAUUAACCAUAGGGUUCAUGUGAAUAGGAGCUUUGUAAGACCAGCAUCCACUUUACGAACUAUUAAUAAUUUACUUUUUGUCACUUGCUAACUUGGUUUUGGGGUCUAGAGGUCUAAAAUGAAUUUCUCCAUUAGUGAGUAUCUGAAAGACAUGCUCACAAACAUGAAAAAUUUGGCCUCUUGUCACUACAUAUUCCAUGGCAUUCAAUUAUCUCUUCUAUUAAUUUUACUGAAUAGCAACCUUAGAUGUACAGUAUUAUUACUGGAAAAAAGCCUGCCUCUUCAAUACAUUAAUGCAUAAAGCUGAAAUGAAAUUUAUGUUCCAUGUAUUAGGGGUUAUACAGGUAUGAUAGGUAUCUAUAUGGGUUUGAAAUGCUCUGGCUCCCCAAGUUACUUAGGUUUUUUAAAAAACAUCAUCACAAGCUGCCUAACAGUCAUCCCCAGUAGAUGUUCCUGGGACCCAGACACAAACUCCUAUAAAUCAAAAUAUAUAAUGAGGCCAUACUGUUCAAUUAGCAACUGGAAAAUUAAAAUCUUUCCCACCCUGUAAGAGCCCUACGACACUACAGAAGGGCUCAAAUACAUUUUAAAAGUUAAUUUACUACAAAUCAUAGUAAUUAAGCUUUAACAAUCUAAAGGAAUACACAUUGCACCCUUGAACAUUAAUAUUCAAGGUGUCAACAAGAAAGUGUCUUAGAUCAAUUUAAUAAAUAAUGUGGAAAUAGUUGCACUAAGCUAAAAUACUAAACACACACAUUUUUGACAAACUAAUUUCAUGUUUUCAUACAUACAUACAUAUAUAUAAAGUGUGUAUGUGUACAUAAGUUGCAUACCCUUACACCUAGAAGAGUGCACAGUGUACCCCUCCUCUAUAUAACUAGGCAUCACUGACUGGAACAAUCACUGGCUGCUCUGAAACUCCACAGAGUACUGGCCUCUAGAGCCAGAACUUUCAUUUAUAACAAGUGCCUUUUGUAGGCUCUUGCUUCAGAAUGCAAGCUCAUUCAUGAAAAAAUGUACCAACGUUUCUGUCAUUAAAUACAAAAUUAUGCUGUCUGAUCUGUCUGAUUAAACCUUUAAUGAGAAGAAACAAACAACAAUUUUUAAAAAACUAGUGAAUCUAAUAAAGCCAAGUGUGUCAUUCAAAGUGCAGCCCAAGUGCCUAAGAAUCCGCCACUGCGAGAGCUCCCAGAAACACAGGUGGCUGUGGGCUCACGCACACUGCUCUCAAUUGCUUUUACACUAGAGAAUUAAAUCAAUGGUGGUCAACCUUCUCCACUCUUCAGCAGCUAUAGCUGUAAGUUUAUCUGAAGUACUCACUGCAUAUAAAGUCACUUCUUGGCUACUUGCCCAGAAAAAGGUGGCACUCAGGCAAGGAAUGGGCUGGAUGCUCUCCAGCCAGACUGGAGCCUGGGCUGAGCUGUGGAAACUCCCCUGAAGGGGAAUGCUCCCCACAGCCCAGCCCAGUCUGGCCCAGGCAAGACUACUGUGACAACUGCAUCCACUGCAAUUGGUUCGUUGGUUGCUUAUAAAGAGUCUAAUGGUGUAUAGGCUGCUGCCUCCUGGCAUACAAGUGUAGUCAUAAAGAGCAGUCAACAAAGUAACUGUUUAAAAUAGUUGUUGUUUAGUAACUGUUUAAAAUAGUUGUUGUUUCUAUAAUUAACCAUAUACUAAGUACAAGUCUCAGACUAAGUUUUUAGCCACUUGUCAAAUUCAGUUUUAAAUGGUUAGAAAACACUGAGGACACCUAUUGAGGAGGGAGGGAGGAAGGUCACCUGUAAAGGAGUCCAAAGUAUGUGCUGGAGCAGAUGAUGACAAAGACAGAACAUCUAAGACAGACGUGAAGGAAAGGGAGUAGUAUUUCCACACACUAUGACAUUGAAAAUUCAAUUAUUUAUGAUAGGAUUUUGAUCCAUUGCCCAUUACUACCUUGUGGGAAAAAUCCUCCACAAUGAAAAGGUUGAAAAAUUCAUUCUCCAAAAAUUGACACAGUUUUAAAGAGAAAAUAUUAGAGCAGCACCAUAAACCAUGCAGGAAACUCUGCUUUAACAAAAUAUCAGUGUGACCCCAGAAAUGCUCCUGCUGCCUUUCAGGACAUACAAGAGACUAGAACACACUAGAACUUAGAGGUAUCCCAUUGGCUGUUGUUGCUGAAAGUCUGAAAGCCCAGAGGAUACUUUUUCCAUUUCUAAGACAUCACUGCAAAUUAAGGAAUCCGAGUCAGAGAAAUCAAAGAAGGACAAGACAUAACAUGUACUUGAUUAACAACCAUUAUUUCUUACUAAAUAACUAUCAUGAUCAUUGAGAAGUUGUCCUCUUAUGGAAAACUGUUCCUAGAACACACUAAGAUUAAGUUAGAAAGAUAUCAGAGGCAAUUUCUCCAAGAGAAACAGGUUAAAUUCAACAUAAUUUGUACAUCUCAAUCUUCAAUGAUAUCUAAAAACAAUCUGAGGUACAAAACAGUUAAGAAGCUCUAUAAAUAUGAGGCCACAAGGACAAUGAAAGUUCACUAACUUCAAAAAUAAGUGUAAAAAAGUCUCAAACACAAAGGAUUCACUGCACUACUGGACUUGAAACUUUUCUAUUCCUUCUUUCCCCUUUCCUAUUUCAAGCCUUAGCAAUCAUCUACAAAUAGUAGGAUAAUCUUUUUUUCUGACUGAAUGGAUUCAUUUUUGGAAUGGGGAGAGGGACAAACUAUUUUUCAAAGCAGCAUUACCCAAUUGGUUAGACUAAGUCAUGUACCAAAGCAAUAGCUUUUCUGAAAGAACUAAUCUUUAUAUGACCCUAAAGAAAGAUUUAAAACGAAAAAAUUGAACAUUAUUAUUGUAGAAGACCAAUCAUGUAUGGACGAUCUGGUCCUAGUGUAAAACUUCAUUUGUAAACAAUCCAUAGAGUCUUCAUUUAAAGGUAAGAUUUAAGGCACACCAAACAUGAUAGGGGCAUGAAAAAUAAAGUUUAGAGGGUACAUUUCUUAUCUUAGAUUUCUAUAUGCACCUUGUAGCAAAAGGUACUUUGAUAUACAACUCUUACAGAGCCAGCUUCUUAAGCUCUACCCCUGGCUCCCUUCCCUGUCCCGAGAGCUCACACUGAAUCAAGUUAGGUACACUUUUCUAGUGUGAAAUUUUCUGAUUCCAUCAGAAACAUACAUCAUUGAAGAGGGCCUUCAUAAUACAAAAGGAGUAAACAGAAGAUAGGUUUAAAAAGGAGAAAUUCAUCAUCUCUACAUCAGGCAUUAGAACUGUAAGCUGUAUAGCAAAAGCACACACCGAAGCUCCAGCCUAUUUCUGUAUCAGUAACUGCACGCUCAUAUCAGAGCAUCACAAUCCAGUAUGAGGGGGAAAAAUCUGAAAAAUAACUCUAACCGUCAAAGAUAAUCAAUUAAAGACACAUAAGCAGCAAUCCUCAGGAGUUGGAUCAUCCUUUUUUCCACAGUAACUUAUUCUGUUUCGAUUAAGUGUCAAAUGAUUAACAACAAAAAAUAACAUAUGGUUUUAAUAAGAUCCGUAACGUUCAGGAUUGUCCUUUUAUGAAACCCUUCAACACGAAAUGCUUCUUCUAGAAAGUCUGUCCUCCCUCUUUUGUAAUGCAUUAAAUGCAAAUUAUAGUCACCGUGUGAUUGCUGUAGUGUUAACACACAUUCACAGUUUUUGAAAUAAUGCAUACCAAAUCAGACACAUUUCAUAGUACAUACAUGUAGAAUGCCAUUUU